AUGAUGAAAAUUAAUUGCACUUCUUCUUAUAAUUUAAAAAAAGAUGAACAGAUUAUUCGUGCUUCUUCCAUUAACCAGAAAUAUUCUGAUAGCACAUCUUUGGCAUCUUUAAUGAAAAAGUCUCUUACCUGUCCAAGUGGAACUUAUGCAUGUACAGAUAGUGAUAGUAGAUGCUGUCCUGAAGGUUCAACAUGCUUACCUAAUUUUCAUUGCAGUAGUAGUAAAGGAGAUAUUAAUAAAAUAUUAACAUUAGGAUUAGCAUUUACACUAUUAUUUUCAAUAUGUUUAAUAUUGAUAUAA